AUAACAGAAAAGUGUUUUUGGUAUUCCUUUAGAUUUGUUUACCCGAGUUUUCUGUAUAGGGUUCUUCCGAUGUUCAUGUGACAAGUUUCUCUUUUUUUUUUCCUCUUUCUUUUUUCUUCUUUCUUUAUUGAAAUUAUGAAGUUUGGUUUCUUUUCUUCUGACUUUGAGGACCAAGGCACCAUGGAUAAUGGUGCUUGGAAGUUUUGUGGUCUAGAAAAAUCCCAACGCUUAUUUGCAUUUGGUGGAUGCUUUGUAGCCGGAGCAAUUCUAUCUGUUUUGAGUACUUUAUUAUUGCUCGUAGGCAAUAUUACUGCAUUCGCCAUUAUCUAUAGCUGUGGCAAUAUUAUCUCUUUAUUUAGUUUGACAUUUAUUAUUGGUAUCCCAAAACAGAUCAAAACUAUGUUUGCACCUGUUCGUUUUUGGGCAACUGUGAUAUACAUUGGCUUGUUGGUAUUGACAUUGGUCUUGGCUACCACGUUAAAAAACUUUGUUUUGACUAUCGUGUUAGUUAUUGUGCAGUUUUGUGCUCUAGUGUGGUAUUCUGCUAGUUACAUUCCUUAUGGUCGUGAAAUCAUUCGUCGAUUCUUUGGAAGUUGCAUUACCUCUAUUUAAAUAUUAUAUAUGUCUUUAUGAAGUAUUGUAUCCUUUUUUAGCAAACGUAACUACCGUUUCAACAAAAAAAAAAAAAAGUCAGAAAAGUUGAAAUAAAAUACGAAAUGUCUUCCUGUGUCGUAUCGAUAAAAAAAAA